UGUCUUUUUAGUGCUAUAUUUGCUAUAAAAUAUGAAUGCUUUGCAAGAAAACAUAGAAGAUAUGCUUGAUGAUGUAAAUAAAGAUGGUCUUAAUUCUAUGAAUAAUUCAAUAAACUCGAAUGAUUUAAAUAGUUUUCCAGUAUCAAUUUCUGUUUUGGAGGGCUAUGAAUAUCCUGUGGAUGAUGUUGAACCGUUAUAUGAGUUAUUAAGAAAAUGGGGUUUAGAAUGUUUGUCUAAAACUUUAUUUGAUAAUUUAAUUGAUAUGAAAAUACUGGCAAUCAUGAACAAAGAAGAUGUAAAUGAAAUGUUAAAAACAUUUCCAAUUGGGAUUAAAAUAUUAUUUAAACAUGAACUUGAAAAUUGGCAAAACUCACUUCACCGCUCUAAACCAGAUGAACAUACAACAACAAGUGUAAUUUCAACUUACAGCGAACCUAAAGAACCUACAAUACAACCUUUACAAGUACCAUCAACAUCUGUCACUAUAGAUUUGGGAGAAAUUUUAAAUGAAACGACUACAGGAACAAUGAUUAUUGACUACUACAAAGAACAUAACAAAUUAAAUAGUAACAUCCGUUCAUUAUUAGUUGAGACUAUUAUUAGUUAUGUGAUAACAAAAAAUAUGUGUACCUAUGUCUGUGUACCUGGCUGAAACUAUUGCAAAUCAUAUUAUCACAAUGUUUCCAUCUGAAGUAAAAGACACAUAUUUCAUGAAGGAUGUACAAAAUAAAAAUACUAAAGGCAAACUCUACGCAAAGUAUUAUAAUGCAAUGCGAACACUCAAAUCAUGUGGUUUAGUACCUUCUAAAGGACUUCAAGUUAAAAGAACAAUAGAUACAGAAACUCAUCGUCAGUACAAUAAAGAAUUUG